CAAGUGGCUUACACGACACUCACUAAUCCCAGCACUGGAGGCUGGAGCGAAGCAAGUAGCCCGCCCUCUGUUCCCGCCAUAAGAGAAGACUGGAAACCGCCGGCAACAAGCCGAAACUGAACAGACGGAGGAAUCAAUUACUCGUAGCUGGAGAGAUGUGUGGUAGAACUCGCUGUACUCUAGGCGCCGCCGACGUUCCUAGGGCUUGCCACCACACCGGCGGCCCCUCGCAGAUGAUUGACGUUGACCGGUACAGGCCGUCGUACAACGUUGGACCGGGGUGGAAUAUGCCGGUUGUUCGCCGGGACGUUGCGUCGGACGGCGACGGCUACGCUGUUCACUGUAUGAAGUGGGGAUUAGUUCCUAGUUUCACCAAGAAAAACGAGAAGCCUGACUUCUUUAGGAUGUUCAAUGCACGAUCGGAGUCUGUUGCUGAGAAGGCUUCCUUUCGUCGUCUACUUCCUAAAAACCGGUGUCUUGUGGCAGUGGAAGGAUUCUAUGAGUGGAAGAAAGAUGGGUCUAAGAAGCAGCCUUACCACAUUCAUUUCAGGGAUGGCCGUCCUCUCACAUUUGCUGCUCUUUAUGAUUCUUGGAACAACUCUGAAGGUGAGACGCUCUACACAUUUACCAUCCUUACAACUUCAUCAUCAUCAGCACUAAAGUGGCUACAUGAUAGGAUGCCUGUAAUCUUGGGGGAUAAAGAGGCGACUGACGCUUGGCUAAAUGGUGAUCCUUAUGAUUCACUGCUCAAGCCUUACCAACAUUCAGAUCUGGUGUGGUACCCAGUCACAUCUGCUAUGGGAAAAAUCGGUUUCGAUGGACCUGAGUGUAUCAAAGAGGUACAAUUGAAGAAAGAGGACAAAGGCACCAUAUCAAAAUUCUUUGUGAAGAAGGAAGUCAAAGAACAAGAAGAUCCGGAACCAGAAGACACGUGUAAGCCUCAUGAACCUGUGAAGAAAGAUCUCACAGAAAGCGUCAAGGAGGAAGUUGACAACGAAGACAAGUUAGACAUUACACCCUCCCCUGAAGUGGCAGCAGACGAGGACAUAAAACCGAGCGUCGCUCCUUCUGUAGACACUGCUCAGAAGUCUAAAGUGAAGCGGGAAUUUGAUGACUCAAUUGAUGAAAACCAGACGAUAGCAAGGACACAUGAAAGCAAACGGCUGGAGGUGGCAAGUCCGGCAGGGAAAAAGGCCAAGUCGAAGAAUGAUGGCGAUAAUAAACAGCCAACCCUCCUUUCCUUCUUUGGAAAGAAGUAGCCUAGUGAUAACAAAAUCUGAACUUGGCUUUUCGGCGGUGUACGUUUGCAAUGCUUCAUUUUGUGUGUGUGUGAAGAAGCAGCGGCAUUGUUUUCUUGGUCAGCUGUUUUGCUUGCUUGCUGGGGAGUAUUCCUGCUUGGCCGGCCGAUCAUGUUUGUAGUUUGACUUUCCUCCAUGUAUAUAUUAAAAGCGCAUUUCACUUUCACUUUCAUGUUUCACUAGCAGCAUUUCUAUGUAUAAUACAGUGCAGAAUCAACAAAUGAACUGUCCUGAACAUUGUUUCAUUGCUUCAGUCUCAGCUUCGCAGCAGACAAGCACACACAUCGAUCGAUUGCAUCGACUUAAAUCAUUCGUUUCGUUCAAGAAUCGGACUGGCUCCCAUCUGACUUUAUAAAUAAGGCUACAGUCUGGAGGUGCUAACCAUUUCCAGGUACAGAAUAACAUGACCUGAUAAUUCUUAGCAGAAUGAAUUAAUACUUCACAAUGUACUAGAUAAAGAUGAAGAUCAUCCAUCCAAUACAUUAUUCGCAUAAUCUCCGAGGUACAAAGUACAGGACUAUAUAUGAUUAAACCCUGAUUCAUCACCAAAAAAAUAGUUCUAAACUGGGGAUCCAAACUUGAGAUACUUGUACAAUCGAUGCAGAUUUAUACGAUGCACCAUUGCUCCCUCGCCCAGAAUCACUUGAACCCGAAAGCUAAGCUAUGAGAUUGCAGAAAUCGAAAAUGACUGAAAGACCUGAAACUUGCACCACAUUUCUUACUCUUCCUUGUCUCAAUACAUUCCCCUGCUGCUGUUGAGAAUAGACCCAAGCGUCCCCAGAACAGCAAAGGCUAGCAGCGGGCUCACAUCCAGGGUAUCGAAAAUGGGAGGGAUGAUGUUCCUGAACAAGUUGAGAUACGGGUCGCACAGGUCCCUUAUAGCCGACAAUGGCUGCCGCUCCCACGGGAUGUUCGGGAACCAACUCAGCAGCACCCUCACCAUCAGCACGCCACUGUAGAUAUCCAGCCACUUCGCCAGCCCCGCCGCCACCACGGUCAACGGGGUGUUGAGAUAUCCGCUGGGGCGGUCCUUGAGCGCCGCGAAGAAGAGAGGGCCGGCGGAGCGAACCGCCGCCGCCGCGCCCGAGCCGAUCGCACAUCCCGGCACCGACAGAGCGAGCUUGUUGACGAGCAGGCGCGACAGGGACAAGGCUAGGGUUACGAUUGUGGUGACCGUCCGCGUUGCUCCGGUGAGCGCGAUUUGGGAAUCGGAUGGAGGAGACAGCGUGGGGACUGGCGAGGAUAGCGCAGCCAAAACCCUAACCCUGGAUUUUGGGGCGUUAAUUCGAUGGGAGAGUGAUAGUCUCGGGAGAAGAGGUUUCGGCAAUGGCAGAGAUGCGGCGGCCGCGAUCCUGCCGGGAUUGUGCCUGUGGAGCGGAGGAGCUUGGAGGACGGCGCCGGUCUGUGAAGAGAGCAUAAGCGCCAUGAUUGCUUGCCUCUGCUCUGCUCCUCGAUUUGGUUCUCCGGGGAAAUUUUGGCAUCAAGAAGAAAGGGGGCUCCGUUCCUGAUAAGGCUAGGAGUCGGAGCGGGUCAUUGUUAAUCCGGAUCCGGGUCGGGUUAGUCCUUCUCAUAAUUUUUAUCGAACAAAAUAUUAUUAUUUGGCCGUAACUUCACC